CUUCCCGGGUCUUAUAAGCCUCUCCCGCCUGCGAGUGUGGGUCCGAACUGCCCGCUGCCCUGCCCGGCCAGGCGCCCCGCCCUCCCCGCAGCAUGGUCUGGAACACCAACCUCCGCUGGCGGCUGCCGGUCACCUGCCUGCUCCUGCAGGUGGCCAUGGUGGUCCUCUUCGGCGUGUUUGUGCGCUACGAGGCCGAUGCCGACGCCCACUGGGCCGACAAUAAGGCGCAACACAACACCAGCGACCUGGAGAACGAAUUCUACUACCGCUACCCGAGCUUCCAGGACGUGCACGUGAUGAUCUUCGUGGGCUUCGGCUUCCUCAUGACCUUCCUGCAGCGCUACGGUUACAGCUCUGUGGGCUUCAACUUCCUGCUGGCGGCCUUCGGCAUCCAAUGGGCGCUGCUCAUGCAGGGCUGGUUCCACUCCUACCACGAAGGCUACAUUCACGUGGGCGUGGAAAACCUCAUCAAUGCGGACUUCUGCGUGGGCUCUGUCUGUGUGGCCUUUGGGGCAAUUCUGGGCAAAGUCAGCCCUGUCCAGCUACUCAUCAUGACUCUCUUCCAAGUGACCCUCUUUUCAGUGAAUGAGUACAUCCUCCUCAGUCUGCUAGAGGUAAAGGACGCAGGGGGCUCUAUGACCAUCCACACAUUUGGUGCCUACUUUGGGCUCACAGUGACCUGGAUCCUCUACCGGCCCGGCCUACAUCAGAGCAAGGAGAGGCAGAAAGCUGUGUACCACUCGGACCUCUUUGCCAUGAUUGGCACCCUCUUCCUGUGGAUGUACUGGCCCAGCUUCAACUCAGCUGUGUCCAACCACGGAGACGCCCAGCACCGAGCUGCCAUCAACACCUACUGCUCGUUGGCAGCCUGCGUGCUCACCUCGGUAGCACUGUCCAGCGCCUUGCACAAGAAGGGCAAGCUGGACAUGGUGCACAUCCAGAAUGCCACGCUCGCAGGAGGGGUGGCCGUGGGGACGGCCGCUGAAAUGAUGCUCAUGCCUUACGGCUCCCUCAUCGUUGGCUUCAUCUGCGGCAUCGUCUCCACCCUGGGUUUUGUAUACCUGACGCCAUUCCUGGAGGCCAGGCUGCGGAUCCAGGACACGUGCGGCAUUCACAACCUGCACGGCAUUCCCGGCAUCAUCGGUGCCAUCGUGGGUGCCGUGACCGCGUCUUGCGCCACCACAGAUGUGUAUGGAAUAAACGGGCUUGCCCUUGCCUUUGGCUUUGAUGGUUUCAAGACUAACUGGAACGCAAGCAUGCAGGGCAAGUUUCAGGCUGCUGGUCUCUUUGUGUCCCUGGCCAUGGCCCUGGUGGGCGGCGGCAUUGUGGGAAUUAUCCUGAAACUGCCAGUCUGGGGACAACCCGCUGAUGAGAACUGCUUUGAGGAUUCGGUCUACUGGGAGACGCCUGAGGAGCCAAAGAGCACAGUCUUGUAUCCUGAGGACUCUACCCUCAAGCCCGCAGAACCUUAAACUCCCAGGCCAGGUGAGAAGCAGGCUUCACAGACUGCCCCGGUGCUCCCAAAGGAGCCGUGCUGACCAAGCUGGGAACACAAGAGCAAGGCGAGCGGCACCCCACUGCUGGCCUGGCCCAGGGUGCCUCCCUUCCCUUCCCCUUCAUCCCAGGGGGCCUGCCUGAGAAUGGAGAAGGAAGAGGUAUAGACAAAGUGGGCAUCCAAGCCAGGUUCUGGCUGAGGAGACCUGCCUCCAGCGGUCUUGGUGGCCACAUCCUGGGAAAAGCAGGCAGGAGUGGGGCUGGGAGCUGGCCGUGGACCCGAGCCCUCCUAGGAGACGACUCAGCUGCCAGCCAUCGACCGCUGGGCUCCUCCACUCUCUGCCUGCCCCUCGACCAGCACCUCCCUUGCUCCCUGCGUCCCCCAGACCACUCCGUGCCAUGCAGAUGGUGGCCUCUGUGAAUAAACGUUCUUGGUAUUCUUUGUAGAA